GGGACAAAGCGGCGGCAGCAGUGAGGGGGAGAGGGGAAGGAGAGGAGGAGGGAGGGGUGUCCCGCUGUGGACAAUGGGGCCGCGUCUCCUCCUGUUUGCCUGCUUGGGGUUCAGCUUGUUGGGCUCCCUGCCGUGCUCCCAGACCCCAGCACAUCCUCCAGACUCUGAGGAAAAUAAUGGUACUCUGGGCAUAAGGUCAUUUCCAUACAGGACUAUCAUUGGUGAUUAUGAAUCAUUUACAUCCUGGGAGGAUUAUCAAGAAAACGGUUCUGAAAAUAUAUCAGUCCCCAUCAAUAAGACAAGUCGUAAUCAAAAGCAACAACCCAAACCUCUGUCUGAAGAUGCUUCCAGAUAUCUGACUGGUCCCUGGUUGACUCUCUUUGUUCCUUCAGUUUAUACUGUAGUACUUGUGAUAAGUCUGCCUUUAAAUAUUCUCGCAAUCAUUGUGUUCCUAGUGAAAAUGAAGAUCAAGAAACCAGCUGUAGUAUACAUGUUACAUCUGGCUACUGCGGAUGUUCUAUUUGCAAGUGUUCUGCCCUUUAAAAUAGCAUACUACUUUUCUGGAAGUGACUGGACAUUUGGAUCUGGAAUGUGUCGUUUUGUCACUGCAGCUUUCUACUGUAACAUGUAUGCUUCAAUAAUGCUGAUGACAGCCAUAAGUGUGGACCGUUUCCUGGCUGUGGUCUAUCCAAUCGAGUCUCUCUCCUGGCGCACAUUGGGACGUGCUUCAUUCAUUUGUUUGGCCAUAUGGAGUAUUGCCAUAGGUGGUAUUGUACCUCUUAUUAUCAAAGAACAAACUAAAGAGAUACCUGAGCUAAAUAUAACUACCUGCCAUGAUGUCUUAAACCAAGAUCAACUUGAAGGGUACUUUGUUUAUUACUUCCUGGCUUUCUCUUCAGUUUUCUUUUGUGUACCAUUAGUCAUUUCCACAGUCUGUUAUGUGUCAAUUAUCCGGUGUCUUAGUUCUUCCUCCAUUGCCAACCAGAGCAAAAAGACCCGGGCCUUACUCUUGUCUGCAGCUGUGUUCUGUAUCUUCAUCAUUUGCUUUGGACCCACAAAUGUCUUUCUGAUCACCCAUUAUUCAUUGUUUAUUUAUAGCACCACAUCUGAGCAAGUCUACUUUAUCUACCUUCUCUGUGUGUGCGUCAGCAGCAUAAGUUGUUGCAUCGACCCCUUGAUUUAUUAUUAUGCUUCUUCCGAUUGCCAGAGAUAUCUCCGAAGUCUCUUAUGCUGCAGAGAUAGCUCUGAUCCAGGCAGUUUCAACAGCAGUGGCCAGUUGAUGACUAGAGCUAGUAAAAUGGAUACUUGUUCCACUAACACGAGUAACAGCAUAUACAAAAAAUUGUUAACUUAGCAAGUGACUAUAUUUUAAAAUUGUAUUUGUUUUAAAUCAACUAGCAGAUCUGAGAUUCUAUUUCGCACCUGUCAAAAAAAGCAUUAAUCUCACUAGCUAAAAGAGAAGAUGGCUUGUGAUGCAUCCUUCUUAACCAUAGAUGUUGAGCAUGGAUGUUUGAUAAGAGCAUUUCACUAAAGAUAACAUAGGCAUUAAUGACAGUGUUAUUGAAGGAGUACAUUUGUGAGUGUUAUUAUAAAGUCAAAUGUUACAAAAAGUCUAUCUCUCUGACAUAUUUGCAGUGUACUAAUAGGCACUUUGAAAAGCCUUUUCUUUUUUUUUUUUUUUUCUCGAUUUGGACCAAAUGACACCCGAGGUCCCUUCCAGCUCUAAAAUUCUGUGACCAUAUUAUGUAAAAAUACCUUCUUUGACUGAAAAUUCUACAUUUAAGCUGGUCUUGAUGACCU